AAAUAUAUCUAUAUAUAUAUAUAUAUAGAUAUCUGUGUGAGUUACCGAAUUCUAUGUGGGAAUGAGCGAAUUGAGGUGCCUUAGCUUAUUUUUUAUUUUUGUUUUAUUGUUGUAUUGACUAAGUUGCCUGACUGUCUCUGUCGGAGAUAUACUUUCAUACUCUCUAAUCUAUUCCUAGCUCAUUCAUUCAUUCUCUUCUCUUCUUCUUCUUCUUCUUCUGUCUUCUUAAUCAUUAUCUGCUCUACCCCAUCCUUUCAUUUCCUUUCCUUUUCUAUCAUUUGGUCUGUAAAAAACAGUGGGGAGAAUCAAUCUGUGUGGCCUUGAGGACUAUGGUGUGACUGUGACUGGCUUCCUGCAACUUGUCCUCUCUGUUGUAAGCUUUCUGAGUUGUGGACAUAUAUCAUAGUUUUUGCAGUCUCUGGAAUGGGGUUCAUUGGUUUCUGAUACCCAUUGGAUUGAAUUCAGUUGGUGGUGGUGGGAAAAUCAAAUUCUGUGUGUUCCCAUGUCUGCAAUUUAGUGCUUGGGUUUUUGUUUUUUUUCAUAUCAUUGGCUUUAUUGGGCUUAGGAUCCAGGAGUUUUCCCUAAUCCUCUCAUGGCAAUGACCUGAGCCAGGUGCCUCCUCCAUUACCGGUCUGCUGCCAAGGAGGAGGAGGAGGAGGAGAGAUUGGAUUUUGAUGAAUUGGGUGUGUUGGUUUUUGACAAAGAUUGGAUUUUGAUCAGUUGGGUGGGGUGAUGUUUGGAAAAGAUUGGAUUUUGAUGAGUUGGGUGGGGUGAUAUUUGAGAAAGAUUGGAUUUUGGUGAAUUGGGUGGGGUGUUAUUUGAGAAAGACUGGAUUUGGUGAAUUGGGUGGGGUGAUUUUUGGAGAAGAUUGGAUUUGGAUCAAUUGGGUGGGGUGGAAAAGAUUGGAUUUUGAUUAGAGAAGCAGGGAGGGAUGCGGCCAAGAGUGGAAGAAGAGGAGGGGGAUGUGCCAGAUUUGUCUCUGCACAUUAGUCCCCCAAACAGUAACAGUAAGCCCACAUCGACUUCAAGUAGCACAGAGCAUGACAUUGGGUUUGAUUUCUGGCGGAGGAGGUCGUUUAAGUCGAAUGGGAAUCUGAGUGAGGGUUCCACUAAUUCCAGUGGGGCAAGCGAGAGGAGAGGCGAUGCUGGUGUAGAUUUGGGUCUGGCUAACUGUGGCUCUUCCAUGGAAUUUUGCAGCAGAUAUGAGGAGGAAAGACAUCAUCAACGCCUUCAGACAACGCUUUCACUGUUGGAGCUGCAACCCAACAACAGUAACAGAAGCAGCAGCCCUAUAAGAGGGGUUCCUGUAUAUCAUAAUGGCUCUCACUCUCAGUCUUUUCCUUUUCUGCAGCCAAGCAUAGAGGCUCGGAGCUAUGCUAACUUAUAUAGUAGUAGUAAUACUAAUAAUGGCUUCCAUGAGGAUCUUCAUACCCAUCCCCAUUUUGGCAUGGGGUUUGUACAGCAACCUCUCAAGCCCAUUCUGCCAUCAAGAAGCUCUUUUAACUCAGCUGAGAUUCAGAGAUUUGGCCCGGCUGAACUGGGCGAUCCACUUAACAGGAUGAUGAAUAGUAACAGCAAUCAUAAUCCCUAUGGCGGCUCACUGGAGAUGGAAGGACAGCGAAGACUGGAUCACCAUCAUCAACAUCAUCAUCCUUACAACAGUAGUUUUGAAGGGGGCGGUGGAGCACCUUCACACAGUGCUGUGAGAUCUCGAUUCAUGGCUAAGCUGCCGUCCAAGAGAAGCAUGAGGGCACCAAGAAUGCGAUGGACCAGUACUCUCCAUGCACAUUUCGUUCAUGCUGUUGAGCUUCUCGGAGGCCAUGAAAGGGCUACUCCCAAAUCAGUUUUGGAGCUCAUGAACGUCAAAGAUCUGACUUUGGCGCAUGUGAAGAGCCACUUGCAGAUGUAUAGAACUGUGAAGACCACAGACAAACCUGCAGCAGCUUCAGGUCAGUCGGAGCUGUUUGAAACAUCCAGUGGGGAAAUGGGAGAGGAUGCGAUAGCAAGCUCAGAGAAACCACAUUACAGAGAUUCAGUGGAUGAAAGUUACAAAUAUGGCGCAAUUGCAAAUGGGCGGGCAUCUAACAACAAAUCUCCAUUUCAACAGGAAGAACAGUCGCAUUUGUGGACCAACUCAUCAAGUGGAGGAUGUUGGGGAAAUCGAGAUGAGGUACAAGAGAUGCAGCUGUCUAGCAGCGGUCAGAGCAAUUUGCAGCAUUCCUUUCGUAUGCAGCAGAACUCCAUGCAGUUAAUAGAGGUAAAUAGUAAUAAUCAAAAGCAGAAUCAGCAUUUGAAUUCGCAUCGAGUGGUCGAUGGGUUUCAGGAAAACAACAGAGAAAACCCACAUACACAUUUCAACAGUUCAACUUUGUCACAAGUUAACAUAAUACCUAAAAACCCUAAUUUGGAGUUCACUCUGGGCAGGCCAGGUUGGCAAGAUCUUAAGCAAACAUAAGGAUGCUGGAGUACUGGUAGAACUAUAUUGAAUUCAACAAAUAUAUAUAUUAUGAGCGAAAGGAGGAGUUAUAUUUAGAACCAGAAAGAAGGUCAAGAAGGCAAUUUUUUUCCAGGUUUCUUCCUCAGGCUUUCUUCCCCCAUCAGUCCAAUCAUGGAGUUUCAAUACAUUGUGAUGUAUUGAAACCAAAAUGGGUGAUAAAAUUCAAGAGAGGUUCCACACACAAGGUGGUAUAAGGGGUGUAUCUUACGUUUUUAAAUUCUUGGAUGCACUUUGUAACAUGGGUUGUUAUUAUUAUGAAAGUGGCAGCAAACGGCAAGUCAAAAGCCCUUUCUUAUAUACAGUAUAAAUGUACAUCUUGCAAUGGCUUUUCAAUGCAAUCUGCAAGAAAAGAUGGAUGGCUGAAGGGUGUGUAUGACUUCUCACACAUGGCUGUAUUAUAAGAUUGUAAGCAAGUAACGUCUAUAGAAUUUGAUGUCACUUGUCUUUUGAGGAGGAGCAGAACACAUGAUGUAUGUAUUCAAGAGUAUAUAUAGGCAGCUUCAUGCCAUUUUGUGAUGUUAAUGAAAAUUUCAAAAUUUUAGUAACCCACAAAUAACUUUGUCUCGGUUUAUAUGAUUGUGUAAUCAAAUCUGAAUAGAACAACUUUUUGAAA